AUGAAAGGACAAUCACUCGCCAUGGAAUUCGUGAACGAAAUCACGUAUUCGCUUUCCCACUGGGAGUGGAACUUUGCUCCUGGCUGGCAAAGUGUAGCAGCUUCGGUGCUGCUUGCGGCUGGAAGCUGGCUUGUUGUCUCCAGAGCUUGGACUUUUGCUAGGGUCCUUGCCAGUUUGUUCAUUCUACCCGGAAAGUCGCUUCGCUCAUUCGGCCCCAAGGGUAGCUGGGCGAUUGUUACAGGCGCCUCCGAUGGGCUAGGCAAGGAAUACGCGCUUCAGCUUGCUCGUGCUGGAUUCAAUAUCGUUCUUGUCUCGCGGACAGCCUCCAAGCUUACCACCCUGACCGAUGAAAUUACCUCCAAAUACCCCUCCGUGCAGACCAAGAUGUUGGCGAUGGACUUUGCUCUCAAUGAGGAUCAGGACUACGAGAAGCUCAAGGCGCUAGUGGAUGGUCUAGAUGUCGCUAUUCUGGUCAACAACGUUGGAAAGAGCCACAGCAUCCCGGUCCCUUUUGCCCUGACUCCCGAGGACGAGAUGUCGGACAUCAUCACAAUCAACUGCAUGGGCACUCUGCGGGUUACGCAGCUGGUCGUCCCCGGGAUGACCCAACGCAAGCGUGGAUUGAUCCUGACAAUGGGCUCUUUCGGUGGUCUCGUCCCGACCCCGCUUCUUGCUACCUACUCCGGAAGCAAAGCUUUCUUGCAGCAGUGGUCGACCGCUCUCGGCUCUGAACUUCAGCCGCACGGCAUCACUGUUGAGCUGGUACAGGCAUACCUCAUUACCUCUGCCAUGUCCAAGGUCCGCAAGACAAGUGCCUUGAUCCCCAACCCGCGCUCGUUCGUGCAGGCGACGUUGUCCAAGAUCGGUAACAAUGGCGGUUCCCCAACCUAUGCGUACAGCUCGUCCCCCUACUGGAGCCACGGGCUGGUGGCAUACCUUGCCACGUGCGUUAUUAACCCUAUGAGCAAGUUUAUCGCAAACCAGAACAAGGGCAUGCAUGAGUCAAUCCGCAAGCGGGCCCUGCGCAAGGCGGAGCGCGAGAACGCAAAGAAGAGUACUUGA